AUGAUAGUCAUCGGAGGCGACACAUUUGACGGAACAACAAUGACAAUCAUCGGAGGCGGCUCGGUCGCAUCAAUCGCCACCGCAACUUCACUCGCAGUCCCCGAGAAGCGCCGGCAGUUGCAGGCAGAGGAGGUUGGCGCUACAAGAAAAAAUUUGACCGUCAAGAAAAUGGUCAAGAAGUUCAAGAGGCCACACAGUGAUUGGAAAAUCUGUGUCAAGGUUUUGAAGAGGUUGCCAUUAAUGUGGAAAAUGAAGAAAACAUGGAGAACAAUAUUGUAUUCUAGCAGAAUCUCACAGUUAGACUUGCUUCAACCUGCAGGUGUCGAUAACUGGUAA